UGAAAGUUAUUAACAAUUUUGCAUAUAUAUAUACAUGAACUCUUACUUCUUAGAAUUGCUUAAACAAAUUAACUUUCUUCUUUUUUAAUAGCAAAUGUAUGUAUCCAGACUGAAAACCCUUCUAUCAAUAUCAAAAAUCAACAUUCAAUGAUGUAAUAUAAAGCAUAUAACUCAAAAAUAAAAAUGGUGUAUAUAGUUCCAGUACUCAUAGAUUAUAUCUUGAUAUUGCUCAUUCAGUGAAUAUAUAAAAGCAUUUAAAUUCCACGACAGUAUUUUUUUAUUUACAAUUUAUCUGAGAAGAUGACUCCAUAUAUCAACUGUAGUGGAUCAUGGCUGGGUCAGUCAUCAACAAUUAUAUAGCUGCAUUUAAUGUUGACACCACAUGUCCUUUUGUUUGCAUCAAAUGUUUAUAGAUUUUAAGUCUGCAACUUUUCAUCAUAAAUUGAUUAUUUUGAAGCCUGUGAUUAAAUCUCCUUUCAUCCUGAAGUAUUUCAGAGUUGGAAGUUUCAAUUUCUGAAGUAGAUUGCUGUAUGGAAGACCUAUGAGCAUUUGGAUUAGCUUUCUUGCUCACCGUGGGACAUUUUCAAUUAUUUGAAUGUCUGUUUGUUUGUAUUAGGUUCCAUGCACAUGCUGCAUAUUCCAAAUAUGACAUGAUUUUGUCACUAAUCCUUAAAAUAAGUGUUAACAAUUGUUUUUUCUGUAUAUAUAAUGUGGAUCUUCAGAUGAAGAGGGGACAUGGUAAUGUAUUUUCUGGCAUAUAUGGUGAUGUAAAUAAGUAAGAUAGAGCCUUGUAUACACUUCCUUGGGAGUCCCCACUUUCAAUGCUUCAUGUAAUUUAUCAAUAUCUUUAGAUGUUUGUACUAAGGGCGUUUUCUAUCCAUUUUAUUGUAACUUUUCUAAUUCUGUAUCUGCUAAGUUUAUGAAUGAGGAAACAUUCAGUUCUUUAUCAAACAUCUAAAUUAAGUAGAAAGACAUUUACUUCCUCUCCUGCAUCCAGUGUUUUUGUCCUUUAAUCCUAAUAUACCUGAAAGUUGUAGAUCUUUCAGAUAAACAGUCACAGCUGAAUCUCUUACUGCUGAAUAAAUCAUUUACCUGCUUGUUGGAUCCUUUUCAAGCAUAUAUGCAAACAUUAAAUAAAAAAUGAUAAGCAUUCAGUAAUUUUUCGAAACCCCUGCAUUAAUAGUAUGCAAAAUAAGAAAAAAAAUGACAAAAAUUCCUGCUUUACCAUAUUUAUUUACUUUUAAGUUCAAGAUUUACCCUGUGUUUAAACAUAUAUUUCUUGUCAUAAGACUCAAGGAAAAAUGUUUAGUUUUAAUGUGUAUUCUAAUCUAUGACUGACAUGCCAAAAUAAAAGAUCAAGACUUUCUUUUUUUCUUCCAGUAUAACUUCCUACAUGUUCAUGCAGCAUUUUUUCCUCUUUUUAGGUUGCCUGAGCCGAAGGCUCAUGGUGACCUAUUGCCAUCAUGAUUUGUCUGUCGUCGUGCGUCGUUAACUUUUCACAUAUUCGACUUCUUUUCAAGAACCACAAACUUGGCACAAAGCAUCCCCAUGGGAAGCCACUUCAAGUUUGCGAAGAAAAAAGGCAUGGACCCAAUAGGGGCCCCAGGAGGGGGUAAAAUUAGGUAAAUCUUUAAAAAAUCUUCUUCUCAUGAACAAACAGUCAGAUUAAAUUCAUAUUUAAUAUUUAGGGUCCUUAUAGCAAGGUCUAUAAAGUUUGCGAAUGAAAAAAGAAUCGGGUCAAAAACGACCCCACUAGGGGGCGCUCAAAAAGGUCAGAAAUUCAACUUUGACCAAUUUCAACCAAAUUUGGUAGACAGCAUCCCUUAGUGAAGGACAUAUGAAAUCAUGUUGAAAAAAGUGAUUAUGUCUUCUUUGGGGCCCAUAAGCGGUGUAAAAGGGGCCAUAUGUAAAAACCUUCAUUGAAUGACUACUUCUCAAGAACCAGUGGAUGGAUUUUGACCAAACUUGGCACAAAGCAUCUCCAUGGGAAGCCGCUUCAAGUUUGCGAAGAAAAAGUGUAUGGCCCCAAUAGGGGCCCCAGGAGGGGGGAAAAGGGGAAACUUGAUACAAAUGCUCUACAGAAGGUCCUGGCAAGUGUUUUAAUUUUUUGGGGCGAUUCAAAAUCCAAGAUGGCCACCUUGGCCUCUGUUUGGCUAAGACAUUAUAGACUUCCUCUCAAGUACCAUUGGGUGGGUCAUGUUCAAAUCUGGUACAGAUGUUUUACACUUGGUCCUACACAAGUGUUGUUACAUUUUUGCAACAUUUUAAAAUCCCCAGAUUAUUGACAUAUAUUCCUCAGGUGACCGUUAAGGCCCCUUGGGCCUCUUGUUUUUUAAGUAAUUGUACUUUUUUAUAACUUCCUUCACAGAGUAUGCAUUAAUGAAUACAUUCAGACUGAUUUUUGCAUGUUCCCUUUUUCUUUGCAGAGCCACUAACAGUGGUAAAUCCACUUUGGUUAAACAGCUUGUCUCUGCUUUGCCCAGUUGCUCUGCUAUCCACCAAGAUGAUUAUUUUCUGGAGCCAGGGGAUAAACGACUGACUUGGAUUCCAGAACUGAAUCAUGAACAUUGGGAUGAAAUGAAAGCUAUUGAGAUGGACAAACUUGUGAGUGAUAUUCAGCAAUGGAUGAAGAAAAUAAGUUCUCAAAGUGAUCACAGCAGUUCUAUCCUCCUAGUGGAUGGUUUUCUUUUGUACAACUACAGGCCACUUAAUGCAGUGUUCAGCAAAAGAUAUUUCCUGGAUGUUAACAAAAGUGUGUGCAGGAGCAGAAGAAGUGAAAGAGAUUAUGAUCCCCCAGAUGUUCCUGGCUAUUUUGAUAAGAUUGUAUGGCCAGCCUACUUGAAUAACUUUGAGGAAAUAAAGGACAUGACUGGUAUCACAUUCCUGGAUGGAACAAUCAAGCAAGAAGACAUUUUUCAAAUUGUUUUAAAAGAUAUUUUGUCAAUUAUUCCAUCAAAUCAUUGAUAGGGUAAUGGGGAAACAAUGAUAAAAUAUGUAUACUUGUAUGUAAUCACAAUUUACAAUUAUGCUAACUGAUGCUUAUGCAGAUGUGACAUACACAUACAUGUAAUGCAGCUGUCUCGUUACAUUGAUGAAUAAAGAAUAAUUUUGUACUUCA